AUGUGGAAACUGGUCCUAAUUGAAGAGGCUCUGGAGAAAAGAAUACUAUCCCUUUACACUACUCAUUCGCCUGUUACUUGGUACUUUGAGGGUUGUUUUGUUAGACAGCUAUGGCAGCAGCUUUAUAUCCUGGAGAGAAACAUUGGUCAUCUCCCCUGGAUGCUAGGCGGUGAUUUUAACAUCACCUUACAUCCUGAUGAAUAUUCAGACUGUGAAUUCUUAUGUCCUAACCCCACUUCAGAAAUGAAAGAUUUUCAAGAUGUUUCUUAUGAGCUAGACCUACAUGAUCAUCCUUACAUAGGACCUAUUUUCACUUGGAGCAAUAAGCAAUCCGGGUCUUACCUUGCAAGGAAGCUGGACAGAGUUCUUAUUAAUUCCAAUUGGGCUACUAUUUUUCAAAAAUCUGCUGUUGAAUUCUUAGUACCGGGCGUAUCCGACCACUGUAUGGCAAUUGCAUGGUUCUAUAAAGAUGCUCCUACUAACCUCCCCAAACCGUUUAAGUUCUUCAACUUUUGGACACUACAUCCUACUUUCUUGAGUGUAGUAAAACAGUCUUGGCACCCAACUAUUUUUGGAAAUCCGAUGUUAAUCUUGUUCCUCAAGCUCAAGCGCCUCAAGACAAGUCUAAAAAGCUUUAAUAACUCUUACUUUAGUGAGAUAUCCAAUAGGGUCAAGUCUAAGAGAAUUGAGUUGGAACAACAUCAAAUGCUCUCUUUAAAAGGAACGAAUCCUAUUGACAAAGAGCUCCAGAUUCAAAAAGAUCUUUUCAUGCUUGAAGAAGCAGAGCUAAUGUUCUUGAAACAAAAAGCCAAGAUUCAAUGGAUAAAAGAAGGGGAUAAAUGCUCCAAAUUCUUCCAUUCUGCUGUUGCUGUCAAGAACAAGAAGGAAACUAUUCGAAUGCUCAUUAAUGAUCAAGGAUUAAGAUUAGAAUCCUUCGAUGAUAUGGCCUCCGAGGUGAUAGCUUUCUACAAGAAUCUAUUUGGGAGCGUAGAUACUAACGUCAAAGGCUGUGACUAUAAUUUCUUGAAAAAUAUUCUAAGUUAUUCACUGCCUCCAGAGCAUUCUUCAAAUCUCAUCAAAGAUGUCACCACAGAAGAAAUCAAGGAAGCUGUCUUUGAACAAGGCAAUGACAAAGCCCCGGGGCUGAUGAAUACACUCCACUGUUCUUCAAAAAGACAUGGUCCAUUGUAG